GUCAUUGUUACUAAAUAUAUUUCUCAGCAAGCAGCAGAGAUGGAGACCAGUGAGGAGGGUGGCCUGAAUGCUGGGGGCUCAGUGGGAGAGGAGAACUACUUCCUGGGAUACACCUUUACUGAUCGAUCUCAUUCAAGCCGUGUGGUGAAAAGCAUCAUGGACCUGUGUCUGGAAGAUGGCCUGUUUGCUGAUGUCACCAUCAUCGUGGACGACAAAGAGUUUCAUCUUCAUCGACUGGUGCUGUCAGCGCAGAGCAGUUUCUUCCGCUCAAUGUUCACAUCCAACCUCAAGGAGUCCCACAACCGCACUAUUGAGUUAAAGGACGUUAGUGCCACUGUCUUUCAGCUGCUGAUUGACUACAUCUAUCAUGGUACAAUCAAACUAAGGGUGGAGGAGCUGCAGGACACUUACGAAAUGGCAGACAUGUACCAGCUGACUGCUCUGUUUGAGGAAUGCUCCCGCUUCCUCUCACGAACAGUGGAGGUCAAGAACUGCUUACAAGUGAUGUGGCUUGCAGACAGACACAGUGACCAAGAGCUGUACACAUCAGCCAAACAGUGUGCAAAAAUCCAUCUCGCUCAACUGCAUCAAACUGAAGAAUAUCUUAAUCUGCCUCUCUGUCUGCUCUUGGACAUCAUCAAGGAUGGAGUUCCAACUUCCCAGAACCCACUGGUGGCCAUCGAGUCGUGGAUUAACCACAACAAGGUUGAGCGGGAUGAGUUUUCUUGCAUCCUCCAAGAAAAUCUUAAGGAAAUUGGUGAGAAUGUCCAUAUUUACCUGAUUGGUAAAGAGGAGACGAGGACUCACUCUCUUGCUGUGUCACUGCACUGUGAUGAGGACGAUGUGAUCAGUGUGAGCGGACAGAACAGUCUGUGCCAUCAGAUCACUGCCGCCUGUAAACACGGCGGUGACCUGUAUGUGGUGGGGGGGUCCAUUCCUCGCCGCAUGUGGAAGUGCAACAUGCACACUAUGGACUGGGAGCGUUGUGCACCACUGCCCAGAGACCGCCUCCAUCACACCAUGGUCUCCGUCCCCACCCAGGAUGCCAUCUACUCAUUAGGAGGUAAGACAUUGCAGGACACGCUCUCUAACGCCAUCAUCUACUACACUGUGAAGGACAAUGUGUGGACAGAGACAAGCCAGCUGGACACCGCUGUUUCCGGGGCUGCGGGUGUUAACCUAGGAGGCACCAUCUACCUGCUCGGAGGGGAGGAAAAUGACAUGGACUUUUUCACAAAGCCAUCUCGUCACAUUCAGUGCUUCGACACAUCCUCCCAAAAGUGCCAGAGCAAGUCCUACAUGCUGCCGUUUGCAGGCUGCAUGCAUGCUGCCGUCCACAUGGACGUGAUCUUUAUCGUUGGGGAAGGAGACUCCCUGGUGUGCUACAACCCCUUGCUGGAGAGCUUCACACGCCUGCGCUUCCCCGAGGUCUGGAGCUGCAUCCCAUCACUGUGGAAGGUGGCCAGCUGUAACGGCUGCAUAUACGUCUUCAGAGACAAAUGUAAGAAAGGUGACGCUAACACAUUAAAGUUUAACCCGGCCACGUCUGUGGUUUCGGUCAUCAGAGGUAUAAAGAUCCUCCUCACAAACUGGCAAUUUGUCUUGGCUUAACCUGCCCUCUGGGUUUUUACACGCACUACAAUGGAUCAGGUAAUGGACGUUUGGAUAACUUAUCAUCACCUCUCUUCAGACAUCCUCUGAUGACUGUUAAAAACAUAUUUACUCAGCUGCCCCGCUCAUUCCAGCCUGGUAAAGAUAAUUCAGCUGUGUCCGUCACUUGCUUCUAUUCCGGUGUGUCGUCGUGGA